UCCCCGCCUCGUCACCAUGCUUCUUCGGGUGUUCCUGCUCGCAUGGCUUCUUGCGGGAAUUCUCGGUCAAGAGACAUCAACGGGGACAGUGAAACCCACAAGCGUGCAAACAACGUCGAGCCCGGCAGAGCAGACGACCAGCGGAGAGACCAACGAGGAAAUCGAAGAUGCCAACGACUUCGUGGAUCAGAUCCUCGAAGAAGUGCAGACAAGCGAAGCUAUCCAAGCCAAAAUCAAACCGGCUGUCCUGGGUGACUUGCACUACAACGGCUUCAAGCUGUCCAACGCAGUGCUGCACGGCGUCAACUCCGUUUACCGCAGCGACAACUGCACUUUCCACUUCUCCGACACUUCGUUCGACGUUCUGGUGCACUUGGGAGCCAAGGACUUGCACCUCGAGUCCGGCUGGUCGAGAACCUGGCUCUACAUUCCAUUCGGGGGCCACGUCGGCGCCAAGCUACGGGAUGUGAGCAUCUUCAUGGACAUAAACGUCGGCAAGGAUGGAGCGCCUACCCUGCGUCGGCUCAAGGUGAUCCGCCUGAGCGACAUACACGUCACCAAGGCCACUGGGGCGUCGGUCCUCUUCAACUGGGCGCUGCGCAGCAUUCUCAAUUGGGUCGUGAACGCAAACAAAGGCAAAAUCAUCCAGCUGGUUGAAACCGACGGAGCGAUGGCCAUCAACGAAGCCAUGAAAGACCUCGGCAGCAAACUCAACUCGCUGAACGAGUUUCGGAGACGCUGAAGCCCUCGGUAGCCAGCUUUGGGACUACAUCGAGCAUCGCAACCCCUUAGUGGCGUUAGUUAUGCAAGACGGACAAAGUAAUUAACGGGAAAAAUCUAUACCCGGUGCAUACCCCUUCGGUAUAGGAACUUUGGAACUUUAAAGAGGCUUUCUUGCCGUACGCCAAUAUUUAGAAUAUAGUCUGUGAUAAGCCGUCUGAAAAGUUUGUCGGAAGGUUCAAUUAUGCGCGCGAUUGGGAUCCUGUAUAUACUUACUUGCCAUAUAACGUUUUGUCUUCAAGCGAAGAGCGUCAGUCCUUGCCAACAACAAUAUGGUAUGAAAUACAAUUGUAUUUCAUACCAUGAUGAAAUACAAUUUAUGAUAUACGGUGUGACUUGUGAAGCGAUCCAGGUUUUAUGGCAUUACCAUGUCAGAAACAGAUGAAAAAUAAUUAAACGUUUAGUUCCUGCCAUGCUGGCCCGGUGAAAUCAGUGCUAUAUUAAUAUUAGUGUUGGACAAGAAAGUCAAUAAAAUAUUUAAGAUAAAUUACUAAAUACCUACAUCAAAAUGUGUUUAGAGUACUACUUAAGUUACUUUCCUUCCAAACUAUCUUGAGCAGAAUACAAAUAUUUAGUAAAGUAAUUUAAUUACUUUUGAAGAUUCUUCUUCAUCGUGUAAUAUCGACUUCAGCGACACCAGAAUGGUACAUUUGCAAGCAACAAAAGCAAAUAUAAAAAAUCGCAGUCAUAAUACAAGAAGUACAGUAUCACACUGGUGAAUGUUACAACAAGCAGAAAGAGGUCGCUCUACGUAUGGUUACAUCGCAGAAAAUCACAUCUUGAAGUGGUUUUAUUAAGCGCACCUUGGAUGUAUCGUUUUACUAAGGGCACAAAAAAACGCAAGUAGAGUAGACUACCCUAAUGAUGCAUUCGGAGGUAACUGUAACUUCAAAAAGAAGGGCACAAGGGACACAAAGAAGCCCUUCUGUCUUGUGGUUGUCGAUUUCUUCCUUUUUCACCCCCAUACUAAAGGCCUACAACUUUGAGAGAA